AUGGCGCGAAUCCAUCUCCUCGUGCUGCUCCUCGCCGCAUUCAUAGCUCUGGCCUCGGCCUCCUCCGCGCAGAGAUUCUGCAAGUGCACAUGCUUCAAGAACAGCACCAUCAUUCCACUCGGUCCGCAGCACCAGUCCGACAGCCGGUCCAUCCUCCACGACGCAUCAUUCUCGCCCCAAGACCAUGUCCCCCGAUCGGCGACGUCGUCAUGCUCCGAGUGCACCAAGGCGUUUUGCCUGAGUCAAGGGAUAGCCUUCUGCAAGGACGCGGAGGAAGACGACGUUGUGACCAUGUGCUUCCAGCGCGACAGCAACAAGGACAAGAUCAUUGUGUGGGGAUUCAUCUUUGGGACGCUGGGACUGCUAGGCUGGGCUGCGUUCAAGAGGGUGCUGGAAUGGAGGGAGGCUCGAUCAAUAGGACGGCCAGGCGCCAGUUAUGCAGCCGUGGGCAGUAAUACUCGAUAG